CAGGAAAGUGUGGCAAAAGCUGAAUUUGGCGACUGGCGAUGGCCAGGCUCCCAGUCAACUGUGCGAUAUUUUCAAUUUUGGCGGUUGCUAAGUUUGAACCAGGGGUGCACUAUUCAACACUUUUGUAUCUUUUAGCAAAGUGUUGAACAAACUGUUGAAUACAGUUCAACAGACAGUUGAACGAAUUCAACACUUUAUUCAACAGUUAGUCAACAGUUUUUUCAACACUUCGCUUGCAUUCAACAGUUUAUUCAACACUUCGACCAUGGCCAAGAAGAAGACCAAAACAAGCGCCAAGAGGCCCACCGUUGAUGGAUUGACGUGGGCAGAGAGCCAAGCUAGAGCUCUGUUGAAAGAUGAUAUUAUCUCAGGCAGAGUCACACCUGCAAUGAAGCCCAAAGCAGUGCAUGAAUCAAGACAAGAGUUUUUGAAAUGGGAAUUGAGUUUGUUUCGGUCCAACCUGUACACGCUCCGAGACAGUAUUGCUCGCGACUAUCACAGGAUGGCAAAGGAUGUGAUGCUCUUCGGUAUUGAUAUGGCAGUCCUGAAGGAGAGGCGCGACAAGGAUCCACCUAAGAGCCUUCCUUGGCAUCGAUCAGCAGCAAAGCAACUACUUGAAAAAGACAUCGACGACGGCAUUCACUUGCAAAUUUUGCCAAAUGGAAAGAAGAUUAAGCCAGAGUCAAUCUACAAAUCGAGAAGGGAGUAUCAAGAGUAUGAGCUUACUGUAUUCCGAAACCAUAUCUAUCAAGAGGUCAAACGACGUGAGAAAAGAGAGAGCAACCUUCGGUUUGAAAAGAAGAAACUGCGUGUUGCGCGUCCAGUCAUUGCAACUGACCAGGCAAUUGAUUUGGUCGAAAGAGGAGGAGUGGUUAACGAUGGUGAUGAGAGAAAGAGGUUGGCAAAGAAGAUUGAGGGCGAAAAACUCAACGAAGGAAUAGAGACACUCCUAAGGGACCAGGACAACUCAACAAUCAGCACCAACUCAGCAAUCAGCACCAACAGUCACACUUCAAAGGCAUCGAAAACGUUGGCAAGGAAGAGAGAAGCUGCAGCAAAAAAGAAGAAAAAAGCAAUUCUUUAAUAGUUCUUCUAUCACUUGCAUAGGUAGAUAAACGCAAAUAGAGUAUGGAGUCAAGGUUACUUAUCCAGAGAUCUCAUUCAGUUCCUUCUUUGCUUCAUCGAACGCAUUGUCCAACCCAUUUUUGAGGCUGUCAAUGAACUCUUCUACAUCUCCUCCCGUGCCGGAU